AUGGAACGGCCCUCAGUGCCAGGGCAGGUCCUCCCGCUCGUCUUCCCCGCGGACGGCGACCCGCGCCGAUCGCUGAACGGCGGGACGUUCCUCGGCGCGGACGUCAAGGUGGGCGAUACGUUCGGGAUGCUCGGGCAAGCGCCGUCGAACGGGCAGAUACUCCCGAACGGCGUCGAGGUCGUCGUCCGCGAGAUUUCAGUGCGCGCGGCGGCGGACGGCGGCGACACGAAGAUCGAGCUCGUCGCGGGGCGACGAUUCAAAGUCCACGGACAGCCGUUCGAGGACGCGGAGCGGGACGAUAACGCCCCGAGCGCGCGCGUCGUGUGGAUCGACGAGGACGAGGGCGCGGGAGAGCAGACCGUGGAGGGCGCGGAUCCGCGAAUGAUUCACCCGGAGGAGCCGGCGCGGAAGGACGCGACGGCGUUCGACGCCGUCGCGAGACGACUGGCGUCGGAGUUGCCCGCGCUCGUCGAGGAGUGGAAAGAUUUGGUGAGGAAGACGGAUCGCGAGCGGACGCCGAACCAUAUCGAGCUCGUGGAGUCGCACCUCGGGACGAUGCCGGACCCGGAGAAACACCCCGCGCGGCUGGCGUGUUACGUCGCGGGUUUGAUCAAUCCGAUUCCGGGGAUGGGCGUCGCGUACGAGAUUCGACCGGCGCUGCUCUGCGCCGUCACGGUGAGCGACAUGAUCGGCGUGGUGCACGGCGGCAUCACGAGCAGCAUCCGAGGGUUGAAGAAGAGCGCGGGGUUGGACGUCGAGGACGAGGACGACGACGUCGGCCCCGCGUGAGUCUUCGGUCGAUGGGUCGCCGCGCGUACAGUACACACUUUUAUCGUUAAGUUAUUACCUUCGUAGAACUUUCGAAGGUAGUCUACUAC